AUGGUUCAAGCUAUCAGAUUGAGUGAAUUAACCAACAAGAAGCGUGCUAAUGACAGCAGAGGUGAUGAUUCUGAAUCUGAUAUUGACAUCAGCAGUACUGAUUCCGAGACUGGAAAUGGUUCAGAUCAAGAAGAUGAAGAAAUAGUUAAUAUUGAUUUUGAUUUUUUCAAUGGUAAUCCAGAUGUUGAUUUCCAUGCUAUUAAAAAUUUAUCACGCCAACUUUUAGGCCAACAAGAAAGUAAUAGAGUUCAAUUAAGUAAUCUAGCUGAUUUAGUUUUAAAAUCACCAACUACUACAAUCAAGACAGAUGGCCAAGAAUCUGAUCCAUACUGCUUUUUGUCCUUUAUUGAUUAUAAAGAAAACCGUGAAAGUGACUGGGCCAAAUAUUUACAUAAAGUAGAUUUAAAAUUAUCUACAUUUUUAAAGACAAUUGAAAAUAAUGGUAAAACUUGUGCAUUAGUCAUGAGUGAAAGAUUAAUCAAUAUGCCCCCAGAAGUUAUAACUCCUUUGUAUAGAAUCACAUUAGAAGAUGUAACAAACGCAUUAGGAGAUGAUAAACAUUACGAUUUUUAUGCAAUUGUCAGUAGAAAAUAUGAAGUUAAUUUUGAUACUGAUGAAACAGUGGAUAGAUCUAAAAAAAGAGUUAAGUCUGAAGAAAUCGAUUAUUUCCAUGAAGAAGAUAGAUUUUUUGAAAAAUAUGCCAAAUUACAUGUUGAUUCAGAAGCAAGAAAAGGUAUCAUAAGUUCAUACAUGGUAAUGGAUCAUCAAGGAUUAAUUAAAUCAAUAGAUGAGUUAGAAGAAGAAAUUUCUAAAUGGUAA